AUGGCGAGUACCAACAUCUCAGUCUCUUUUAUCUCCGCUCAAGACUCUCAAACCGACACCGGAGGCCAAAAGAACAAAAACUGUGGUUAUGGCUAUAAGGAUGAGGACUACAGCUGCGUGGCCUGUCCGGCCGGGAAAUUCUCCAAAGGCAAGUACGAGAUCUGCCGUCGCCACAAAGACUGCGACUCGCUGUACCGUGCCACCGUCCUGACGCCGGGGACUCUGGAGAGCGACGCCGAGUGCGGACCGUGUUUACCGGGGUACUACAUUCUGGAGAACCGUCCGCGUAACAUCUAUGGCAUGGUGUGUCACUCCUGUCAGAACGCUCCUCGAAACAUCAAAGAGUGCAUGCAGUCGACGCCGCCGUCAUUGGGACGAGCUCCCAGCGUGUCGUCCAGCAGCACCACCAUAUUCCCACACGGAGAGAAAGAUCCAACAGGACAAGGUCACCUAGCAACGGCCCUCAUCAUCGCCAUGUCAACCAUCUUCAUCAUGGCCAUCGCUAUAGUGAUGAUCAUCAUGUUCUACAUCCUGAAGACCAAACCGAGUGGACAAGAGGCGUGUCAUUCAAACACUAAACGCUUGCACUGUUGUAGUGAGAACGACGCGUCAUCAGAGAAUGAGCAGCUCUUGAGUCGCAGCAUUGAUAGUGACGAGGAAGCAGCUCAGGACAAACAGGGAGCUGCUGACCUUUGCCUUCUGUCUCUGGUGCAUCUGACGCGGGACAAGACCUGCUCCACCAACCCCAUCAGCAACAUCAACAACACCACCAGCAGCAGAGCCACCGGGAUUCACAGCAGAAGGAAAAAGAUCCUGGAUUUGUACACAAAAGCCUGCAGUGUUGCGGAGGGUCUGAGUCCGACCGAGCUGCCGUUCGACUGUCUGGAGCGCAGCAGCCGCAUGCUCAGCGCCACCUACAGCACGGACAAGGCAGUGGUGAAGACGUGGAGGCACCUCGCCGAGAGCUUCGGCCUCAAGCGCGACGAGAUCGGAGGCAUGACGGACGGCAUGCAGCUGUUCGACCGCAUCAGUACGGCGGGAUACAGCAUCCCGGACCUGCUGACCCGUCUGGUCCAGAUCGAGCGGCUGGAUGCCGUCGAGACCCUCUGCUUCGACAUUCUGGGCCCCGAGAACAGCGUCCCUCCAUCCAGCCACCAUCCCAAUCUCACCUCCCGCUGCGCCAGCGUCUGA